GUCCCACCAGCCAUGCCCCCCCCACCACCUGUCCCCCACCCCAGCCAUGGCAGGGAGCUCUAACGUGCCCCAUAAGACCUCGUUGCCUGAGGGCAUCCGAGUUGGUAACGUGAUGAGAAUCCGUGGUGUCGUCCCUGACAGUGCUGGCAGGUUCUAUGUAAACCUGCUGUGCAGUGACGAGCAGGGUAGUGAAGCUGCCCUGCAUUUCAACCCCCGGCUGGACGAGUCUGUGGUGGUCUUCAACACCAGGGAGAGCGGCACCUGGGGAGCAGAGGAGCGAGGCUUGGGCAUUCCCUUCCAGCGUGGGAAGCCCUUUGACGUGCUCCUCAUUGCCACGGAGCAAGGCUUCAAGGCGGUGGUCGGCGACUCAGAAUACCACCACUUCCGCUACCGGAUCCCGCCAGCGCGCGUGCGCCUGCUGGAAGUGGGCGGGGACCUGCAGCUGGAGUCAGUGAAGAUCUUCUGAGCCACCGCUGCAGGCGGGUGGGAUGGCAGCCAGCUCUGGAUGGGAAAUAAAGCCUUAGCUUCCGUA